CUUGUAACUGAAUAUGUUUUACAGUGGACAUUGAUACUUUUACUAAACUAACAUUUAUACAUAUUUUCCACUACUAUUAGAGCUCGUCGUGAUAUAUUUUACCCGAGGAUUACUACUUUGUCAGUGAGUAUUUUUAUGAAUGAAUGUUCAGUUGCUCUUUGCUAGGGAGGGUGCGUCUGACGUCAUCUUCUAUUAAACAAACCUGGUCACGACGCAGAGCGGGCGCGCGCCCCUCCCACCUCCGCAGCGUUUAUAACGGGACCGGUCCGGCCGGAGACUGACCACUCGCUGUUGUAGGUGUAGCCGGUAAAUAAAGUGAGUAAACCUGGGAGAGACAGAAAGAGAUGUACUGGGACACUAUCAUCAAACCUGGAGACAGAAACAUUGACAGCAAAGACUUGAAAAUAAAGAUGGAGAUUUCUCAGACUGGAUAUUACACAGAAGACUUCAGGACACAGGAAGUGCCAGCUGGCUUCGACUUUGCAUCUUAUGACUACCCUGGUGAAGACCUGUCUUUUCUGUUAGACAGUAAAGCACCCGGACAGCAGCAGUACGUCGCAGAAAGCAGCUACCCAGAGCCACCAAAGGCUUCUCACCAUUACGACACUAAAGUGAGCGCCAGUGACAUUUCCCUCUUCAACCUGGACUCAUACCAGGAGUUCAACUGGUGGGCCUCAUAUCCACAUGAUGUGCUGACAGUAGACCAGUCACCAACUGGAUACCAGGAGUCUCCACAGACAUACCAGAACCUGGUGCCCCAGAACGGACAGUUCAGCCCGGCCAUGGAGGGCAGCCACAGCCCCUUUCUAACGGCAAAAGGAUCAAAUACAUUACAAAGUGAGACAGAUCAGAGCUACUCGUGUCACUCGGCUGAACUAUACGACUCUGACGGACAGAGGCAGCCAUCGUCUUUCUGGCCUGAAUACUCCUCUCCCAGCUUCACUGCCCCCCUGCCUCACCCGCCUCCGGCCUCCUGCCACCCAGACCACGGCCCUCAGACCUCAGAGCAGUACUGCCCCCGUGUGGUCAAACGCAAAAACACACACCUCCAGAGGCCAGACAGGGAGGGCCAGAUGACAGGAAUGUCAACUUAUCCAGGUUCUGGUCCAAUCCAGUUGUGGCAGUUUUUACUGGAGCUACUUCUGGACUCUGCCUGCUCUACCUUCAUCUGCUGGACGGGAGACGGCUGGGAGUUCAAGAUGUCCGACCCCGCUGAGGUGGCCAAGCGCUGGGGCCAGUGCAAGAACAAACCCAAAAUGAACUACGAGAAGUUGAGUCGUGGCCUGCGUUACUACUACCACAAGAACAUCAUCCACAAGACGGCGGGCAAACGCUACGUCUACCGCUUUGUCUGUGACAUACAGGGCAUGCUGGGAAAGACAGCCCAGGAAGUCCUGACCAGCCUGAACAUUUUGCCCACAAACACAGAGUCGUGGCAGUCGUGCCCCGGCGUUCCUGCAGCGACAUCAGAGCACAGCAGUGAAACAUGGGCGGCCCAGUAGAGAACGGGUGCCUGGACUCUUGGUGCUGCUGGCUGAGAGGGACCAGCACAUUUUACUAGAGUACUACAGUCUAUAAAGUAAACACUGCCUCCUCGAGCCCAGGCUGAACUAUAGGGUGAGGAUUUUAGCCAAUUUAUAGGCUAGAUUUCAGGGAAUAGAAUAACCCAAAAUGUAUAAAUUCAUGCAGUCAGUCAAUAUGUCACUUCUUCUUAAAUAAUAGAUCAUUUUCAAUGAAAGUAUUCCAAUACAUGACCCAUAAACACAUAGCACCUCAGGGCCAAAUAACUGCAGCACAGUGGCUGUUGAAGCACUAUAAAUAGAUACUUUUUUGCAACGCCAUGUUUUAAUUUGUGUAUCUAUGAAGGAAUUGAUUUGUAAAUAGUGUCUAUAUGAUCGCAAUGUAGAGUUUUGUGCAUUUAUAUAUAUAUUUUUUUAAAUACAAAACUCAUGUCUACCUCUGCCUGAAAAUAAUCUCAGUUUAUGGUUUUCUGAUUAGCAACAAUCACUGUGAAAGUUUUAGCCGAUGUGAUGAUUGUUUU